GAACUUGGCAUAUGUGUGUGCCGUACCCGAAAAGCCUUUAUGGUGGAGACGUUUCCUCAAAUCAGGCACGUAAUUCUGGACGAGGUCCACAAUUUUCAAGCUGAAGAUGGAGAUUGGCUAAGUAAAGCCAGAGGGCUCGUCAAAGAGCAGAUCAUUGAACGUGAAUUUAGUCACUAUGACUUCGCCUCUGACAAUGAAAGUGUUUUGGCGUCUUUCAGGGAAUUCGAAACUGAACUGGACAACUCUGAUACAAACUGUGUCGCGGGACUUGAUCCAGAAUGCAGCAUUUGCCAAAAUGAUGGCCCAGGCUAUCUGUGGUGUUUCAUGGACAGAGCUCAAGGUAUUCAUAAGUUGAAAAAAACAGGCAUACCAGAACGUCUUCCCCAGACUUUUUUUCUGGAGAAAGUGAUAAGGAACUCCGUACGGAUCUUCAACCACGCCGAACAAUUCCUUGAUAGGCGAAUUUGGCCUCACCCAGAAUCACGU